AUGGCUUACACUAUAAUUGGAUCUGUGAUUCAAAACCUGGCUCCUUGUGUCCGAGAGGAGUAUGCAACAUUUAAAGGUGUUAACAAACAUGCUGAAAAGCUAUCAAGGAAUCUCACUGCUAUUCAUGCUGUCCUAAAAGAUGCUGAGGAGAAGCAAAUUUCAUCUGAGUCUGUUAAAAACUGGCUGAAAAAUCUGACUGAUGCAGCACACAUUCUUGACGAUAUAUUGGACAAAUGUUCAAUAUUUUCUGAAGCAACCAGAGACAACAAGUUCAUCAAACUCCAUCCUAAGAAGCUAAAUGCUCGUCGGAGCAUUGGAAAGAAGAUGAAAAAGGUUGCUGAAAGGAUUGAUCAUAUUGCUGAAGAAAGAGUCAAGUUUGGAUUAAAUCCAGGAAUGGCUCAAGAUGAGGAAUGGCGCCAAACUACCUCUGUCAUCUCUGAACCCCUAAUUCUUGGAAGAGAUGAGGAUAGACAGAAGGUUGUUGAGUUGCUUCUCGAGCAUGCUAGUGACAAUGAAGAACUACUCCCUGUCUAUUCCAUUGUUGGCCAUGGCGGAUAUGGAAAAACGGCACUUGCUAAACUGGUCUUAAAGGAUCAAAGCGUCAUUCAACAUUUUGAGGAGAAAAUUUGGGUGUGUGUUUCUGAUAAUUUUAGUAAGAUGAAAAUCUUGCAGUCCAUCAUAGAACACAAAGAUGGAAAAAGUCCACCUCUCUCGACUUUAGAGUUAAGGCAAAAAAAGGUUCAAGAAAUUUUGCAAAACAAAACAUAUUUACUUGUCCUUGAUGAUGUUUGGAGUGAAGACCAACACAACUGGAAUGAGUUCAAGUCAUUGCUGAAAAAUGGAAAUGGAUCUAAAGGUUCAUCAAUUUUAGUCACUACACGACUAGAUACUGUCGCAACCAUUGUCGGAACUCACCCUGCACAUCGUUUGGAAGGUUUAUCAGAUGAUGACAUGUGGUCAUUGGCUAGACAUUAUGCUUUUGAAACAAAUGGGGAACAGCGUCCAGAGCUUGUAAAGAUUGGAAAUAAUAUAGUGAGAAAAUGUGGUGGUUCUCCACUUGCCGCAAAAGUAGUAGGAAGCCUUCUGCGCGUUAAAACUGAAGAACAUCAAUGGGAUUCUAUUGAGAAAAGUGAGAUUUGGAAAUUAUAUGAUGAUGCAAUCAAGUCUGCUUUGAGUCUGAGCUACUACCAUCUAAAAUUUUCAUUGAGGCCAUGUUUUACUUUUUGUGCUGUAUUUCCUAAGGAUUUUGAAAUGGUGAAGGAAGAUCUAAUUCAACUUUGGAUGGCUAAUGGAUUUAUUUCGUCCGGAGGAAAUUUAGAGGCGGAGCAUGUUGGCAAUGAGGUGUGGGAUGAACUAUACAAGAGGUCAUUUUUCCAAGAAAUCAAAACUCAUGAAGAAGGAAAAGUUACAUUCAAAAUACAUGAUAUAUACCAUGAUAUUGCUAGCUCCAUUAUGGAAGAACAAUGCGUGGCUUCAACGGCUGCUAGCUUGACUAAGUUGUCAAAAAGAGUUCAUCAUAUCAGCUGCUUCAAUAUUGAUGAAAAAAUCAAGUACAGCAAGAUCCCAUUCAAACAAGUGGAAUCCUUGCGAACUUUUCUUGAUUUUUAUCCGCCUAAAUCAGAUUUAGGCGAGUUUCCAUCAAUUACUAGUCUCCGAGCAUUAAGUACGAGUUCUUUUCAACUCUCGGCCUUGAAAAAAUUUAUCCACUUGAGGUACUUGGAACUUUAUCGAAGUGACAUUAAAAUCUUGCCUGAGUCUAUUUGCAGCCUGAGAAAAUUACAAACUCUAAAGCUUGAACUUUGUGAACACCUUUCUAGUAUUCCCAAUCAAUUGACACAACUACAAGAUCUCAGACAUCUCAUGAUCAAAGGAUGUCACUCAUUAGCAUCAAUGCCUUCUGGCAUUGGGGGGUUAUCUCAUCUGAGAACAUUGAGCAUUUUCAUUGUGGGAUCGGAGGCUGGGUUCGGUUUAGCAGAGCUGCAUAACUUACAACUGGGAGGCAAGCUACACAUCAAAGGCCUUGAGAAAGUGUCAAAUGAAAGGGAUGCUAGAGAAGCUAAUUUAGUCGGUAAGAGGGAAUUAAAUCGCUUAUACUUGUCGUGGAGUAGCGAUGUUGAUUCACAAGGUAGUGGUACUAGUGCUGAGCAAGUUCUCGAUGCCCUUGAGCCUCACAUCGGCCUCAAGGGUUUUGGGAUGAACGGUUAUGCAGGAAUAAAUAUCCCAAAUUGGAUGAGAAAUACAUCCAUUUUGGAAGGCUUGGUUGAUGUCAUACUCUACAACUGCAAAAACUGUGUGCAGCUUCCUCCACUUGGUAAGUUACCAUGUUUGACUACUCUUUAUGUAUCUGGAAUGAGAGAUUUAAAGUACAUUGAUGAUGACUUGUAUGAAAUUGCGACGGAUGAGGCUUUUCCGUCACUAAAGAAAAUGACGUUAUUUGAUUUACCCAAUUUAGAGAGGGUGUUGAAAAGUGAAGGAGUAGAGAUGCUAUCACAACUUUAUGACUUAAGAAUUCAGGGUAUCCCCAAGUUUGAAUUACCAUCCCUUCCGUCUGUUGAGAUUCUUUAUGUGAGUUGGGAAACUGAAGAUUCAUCGGAGUCUCUUUCUGAAACUGAUGAUGGAAGUGAUUCCAAUGAUGAUGGUGCGUCUUUCUUGAAGGAAAUUGCAGGCAGAAUGCAAAAUCUCAAGGAACUUUUCAUUGAAAAUUUUCAUGAACUUGUGGUAUUACCUGAUGAACUCAACUCUCUGAAUUCUUUACAAGAACUGUACAUUUCAUGUUGUGAAGCACUUCGGCGUAUUCCCAAGUGUGUAUUUGAAGGUUUGAAUUCUCUUCGCGUUUUGAGCUUUGCACUUUGCAGUAGCUUAAGUUCCUUGCCCAGAAGUACCAGAAACCUAACUUGUCUUGAAAGACUUCAAAUCACUUUUUGUCCCAAUCUCAUUUUACCACCUACUAUGAACAUGCUAACUUCCCUUCGUCAAGUGAGGAUCUUCGGCGAGAAUAGAAAUGGCAUGUUACAUAAUGGAUUAGAAGGUAUUCCCUCGUUGCAAAAUUUGUAUCUCACAAGUUUUCCAUCUCUUGUAUCCUUGCCAGACUGGUUGGGAGCCAUGACUUCUCUUCAAACAUUAGAAAUGAGUGGGUUUGCUCAGUUAACCUCGUUGCCAGCUAAUUUUCAACAACUCAUAAACUUGAAAGAAUUACGUAUUUCUGAAUGUCCUAAGCUGGUAAACCGAUGCAAGAGAGAAACAGGCGAAGAUUGGCUUAAGAUAGCUCAUGUUCCUAAAUUGAAAAUGGAUUUUGAAUCUGAUGUGAAGCCAUCAGCUUGCGAGAAAAUGAAGUCAUUAUGGAAGAAGUUGAAGCAAGUCCAGCGUCAGCAUCAUGACUAUUACCCUCAUGAGGAUGAAUUUGACGGGAUGGUUGAUGAGCGAUGAAUGAAGAGAAUGUAUAUGAUAAAACUUGGAUUUUAUUUAAAUCCUUUCUGGUUAUAUCCUCUUGUUUGUCAGUUGUUUCGGUUUGGUUUGUUGGCGCGUGUAUUUUGCGGUUUGGUUAAUAGGUUUGUUGUUGUGUGCUUUUUG